ACAGCUCCAAGGUCAAGUUUGUUUCGAUUCAUAUUGGAAACGAACAUGUAUUUCCUAGACAUUUCUAUAUCGUAGACAAAUUUUAUUUUAUCUUGUAAUAACUUAUUACUAGCACAUUUUACGAAAGUUCUAAUCAUUCUCUAAUUAAAACUCUCAAUCCUGAAUCAUGUAUUCAAACUCCGGAACCAAUCUUGCCUCUCUAAGCCCGUCCGAGAUCAAGGACUGGAUCAACACAUUUGAUACCGUGUUAACCGAUUGUGAUGGUGUAAUUUGGGUGGACAACACUCCUUUGCCGUUUGCAACCGAUGUCAUUAACAAAUUCAUCGAAAAUAACAAAAAGUUAUUUUUCGUCACAAAUAAUUCCACCAAAACUCGCAAUGAAUUUGUGGCGAAAUCUAACAAAUUAGGAUUCAAUGUCGGCUUGGAUAAUAUUAUUUCCACUGCAUACCUAGCAGCCCAAUAUCUGAAGGCUAAACAUUUCGAUAAAAAGUGCUAUGUAGUGGGGACAACCGGUAUCACCAGAGAAUUAGACGCUGUCGGCAUACGACACACGGGAGCCGGGCCGGAUGUUCUACAAGGAACACUAGGCGAAGCUGUCCACGCGUUUCAACCAGACCCAGAAGUUGGCGCGGUCGUCGUUGGCUUUGAUGAGCAUUUCAGUUUUCUGAAAAUGAUGAGAGCUGCUUCGUAUCUCAACGACCCGGAGGUGCUUUUCAUCGGUACAAAUACCGAUGAACGAUUUCCGAUGCCGGAUUGUGUUAUCCCCGGAACGGGCAGUAUUGUGAAUGCCGUGACGACGUGUGCUGAAAGGGAGCCCAUCGUUAUGGGGAAACCAAACAAGCAUAUCUGUGAUAUCUUGGAGGAGGAGUACAAGGUGGAUCCGAAACGGACCUUGAUGAUCGGCGAUCGAUGCAAUACGGACAUUCUGCUGGGGAAGAAUUGUGGCUUCCAGACUUUGCUGGUCGAAACAGGCAUCCACAAUGCUGCUGAUAUUGAAAAGUUCGCACAGUCAAAUGAUCCUGACGUUAGGAAACUUGUGCCGGAUGUGUACACAAGCAAACUUGGGGAUUUGCUUCCCUAUCUGUAGCGUUAUAUGUUAUAGAGACAAUGACAAAAUCAAGCUAUGGCGAUAAUUAUCUGUUGAUAUUCAUGCUGCUUCAAAACCGUUUUGUUUGCAAUAAAAAUGCAUUUGCUGCGAAUUA